AUGGCGUUACACUUCCACAAUGCCAUCCCAUACGCCAUACCUGGAGUGCUGGCACUUCUUGGCUGCUGGUGGAUGUAUUCCCAUAGAAAAAAGCAUGUAAGCUAUCACAACAAACAAGCAAUAGCCAUUGAAGAGCAGCAAGAAGUGGUGCCAGAGAAUGAUUCAUCACCCCAAAUAGAAGCUUGUGUUCCUCAAAGACUGCCCCUCUCCUCAGAAGAGGAGUGCCCAGAGAGUGAAACCUCGAUCUUCCUGCUGUCAGCAGGGUCGUCGACGCCCUCUCUUCUGUGUCACACUCAUGGGAGGCGAGAUCUCUCACAGGACUUCACAGACCUGUCAGUAAUGACAUUUCAGCCCAGCACCCUUGAAGACGACAGUGAAAAACUAGAAACAACAGGGUCCCAAGAUGGAAGCAGUGUCCCUGCUUGCGUGUGUCUCCCUCUCAUCUCAAAGAGCACAGAGUGUCAUGGCAGUGCUGCAGUGAGCCUUAUACAGGAUUCGAGUUCUAGUGCAAGCCAAGAUCAGUGGCCACCAGCAUCAAUGACACUGACACGAGAGUCUUUGGGAAUCACAGAGGAGAUCAGCAAUGCAGAGCAGUCAGAUGAUUCUUCGUUUAAGCCCCCUAAGGAAAUCCAGAUGACAGAAAUUGUGCCAUCAAAUACUGGCUCUGUGACAGCCCCUUGCUUGGGAUUGGAGAAGGAAGCCAAUACCCCACAAGCCUUUCUCAGUAAUGAAGUUGUAUCAAGUCACAAGAAUUCUGCAGCGAGUAUGUUACCCGAUAGUUUGGAGUCUGUCUGCUUGGAGCAGUCCAGGCAAGAAGAGGUAUCAGGGUCAGUUACCAGUACUGUACCUGUGUGUCAGGGGGAGGUGGACACACAGCUAAAAGGAGGUGAACUGGAAAGAGAGAAAAUUGGAGGAGUGAGUUUGGACAAGGAAGAGGUUGAGAAAAUUGAACAAGUAGCAAUACAGAUCAUUUCCAAGGUAAUUUUGGCAGCAACUGAGGAGGUGCUGUCUGGUUCCGCAGGUGGCGUGUCCACACGGAUCUGCCAGGCUGCUGCCAGCCGCCUCGGGAGGCCUCUGGAGGUGGGAAGUGUUGUUCCCUCUGAGCAGCCGCUGGCAGAGGAGGAAGCUCCAGCAGGUGAAGAGAGCAGUGCUGGGGUGCCCACGGCCCCGCGGGCAGAGGGACGGGCUCCGUGGGCGUCGGAUUGCGGCGGUUUGGCACACGGCUGCUCCUCCGGCCCCCUCCAGGGAGACGUGGGAGACUGUGGGGUGAAGAGCUGUGUGUGCAGGGAGUCCCAGGGAGUCGGUCAGGCUCCUGUGGAAGGCCACGGAGGGUCACUGGGGAAGUUGCCUUUGGUUACGGAGGACUCCGGGUGCAGCGCGUCCGCCUGGGAAGGGGGCCGGAGCGCGGAGGACUCGCUGCAGAGCACGGUGCUGUCUGCCACCUCGGGCCAGUGUUCAGACUCACUGAGCACGUCGUCUGAGCAGAGUUCAGUACCAAGUGACAAACCUCCUGCUCUGGAGCUACCUGAAGAGAGCAAAGUGCCCUGCAGUAAUGGGACACUGGAAGAUGAUGGUCCAGACUCGCACCGUGAGUGCAGCAGGGCAGCAGCGAUGGACGGUCAUUCAGGAGGUUCGGAUGUAAAUAGCAUGGAUUUUGUGGACAAUGGCUGUACCAUGAGGAAGACAUUGUCUCACCAGAAGCUAGGAGGAGAAUCCAGCAAGUCCGACUUCGUUAUCUGGGAAAUAGCGGUCCCAAAGGAAUUAGUUGGUCGCUUGAUUGGCAAACAAGGAAGAUUUAUGAGCUUCUUAAGGCAAGCGUCUGGUGCCAAAAUUUAUGUCUCAACACUACCUUAUUUCCGUGACUCCCAAGUCUGUCACAUCGAAGGCUCCACACAGCAAGUAGAAAAAGUACUGAGCCUGAUUGGCAAGAAGUUCAAAGAGUUGUGUCUCACCAACAUCUAUGCUCUGCCUCCACCUACACCACUGACACUUCAUUCCCUCCUUAUGACUGCCUGGCUGUUCCUCCCAGAUGGGGUCACUGUGGAGGUGGUCGUGGCGAACCAAGUGGAUGCAGGACACAUGUUCCUGCAGCAGCACACACAUCCCACUUUCCAUGUCCUGCGUAGCCUUGACCAGCAGAUGUAUGCCUGCUAUUCUCAACCUGAAAUCCCAACCCUGCCAACUCCAGUAGAAGUUGGUAUUAUCUGUGCAGCUCCAGGCCUGGAUGGGGCAUGGUUGAGGGCUCAAGUUAUUAGCUACUUCGAAGAGACCAAUGAAGUGGAGCUCAGAUACGUGGACUAUGGAGGAUAUGACAAAGUGAAGAUUGACACACUCAGACAAAUCAGGUCUGAUUUCUUAUCACUACCUUUCCAAGGAGCAGAAGUUUUACUAGACAACGUGGUGCCACUUCCAGACGAGGAUCGCUUCUCCCCCGAGGCCGACGCCGCCGUGCGGGAGAUGACCAGAGGCGCGGUCCUGGUGGCGCAGGUCACAAAUUACGACAGUGCGACAGGUCUGCCACUGAUACAGCUGUGGAACUUGAUGGGAGAUGAGGUGGUGUCAAUAAACAGAACUCUGGUGGAAAGAGGAUUUGCUCAGUGGCUUGACUACUAG